GGCCGAUCGAACGACCUGUAUAUACUGGACACAGGGUAUCCUGGUGGCUUCUCACCCAGCACUGGUGAUGUUAGUGGAUCGGCUGUUCACAGGUGGAUCCAUCCAACAGAGACAGACCAUGUUCCUGCAGGCCGCCAGAGGCAUUCGGCAUGUCUGGUGGGUUCUGCGAAGUUGUAUGUAUUUGGUGGCUUCGACGGUGUACGCUGGUUGAACGAUCUCCACGUUCUCGAUGUUACUCGGUUAGAAGAAACUGAACUCUCGGAGGGAGCGGUAGCAGCCCUAUUGACCAACCUCCGAGGCCUCCUUAACAAUCCUGAGUUCAGUGAUGUUACUUUGAUCAUCGGCGAUACUGGCGAGCGUGUUUAUGCUCAUAAGGCGAUACUGGCAUCUCAAUGCAGUCACUUUAGAGCAAUGUUCACAGGAGGCAUGAAGGAAUCGAGGGAGCGAGAGGUCAAGUUGACUGGCUGGUCGUACGAGGCAUUCUCGGUCAUGCUCGAGUUUUUGUAUACUGGUAGAGUUGCACACCAUAAACUAGACACGGCCAGCAUGGCAGAAGUGUUGGGCUUGGCUGACCACUAUGCGUUGGAUGGUUUGAAGCACCUUUGUCAAGCCGUCCUCAUCCACAUGGUUGAUGUCGAUAACGUGUGUACUCUUCUGAAAAUUAGUGACCAGCACCAGGCAGUCGACCUCAAACGUCACU